UUUUUAAUCAUAAACUAAAAUAGGCAGCUUUAAAAUCAAUGGCAAAGACAGAAUAUACCAAAAUAGGAUUAAAACUAAAACUAAAAACACGAUUUAAACAUUACAUUGGAGGAGAAAAAAAAAAAGUAAAUCAAAGAAAACAAUUGAAAACGGCGGCAGCGGAGUCCACAUUCCGACGAACACUACCGCCAUCAGAUCGUCGGAUUUUCAACAUUUAAGAACAAAUCCGGACCAUUUCAUCCACCAAAUCUAUGGAAGCGUUAGGUUCUUACCCGAUCAGUUUCGGUUCCGGUAGGGUUCCGACCACGAGCGACGGCGAUGAGUCGAAGAGGCGUCCGAAUAGGAGGAGAGCGUUCCAGGCCGCGGGCGAUUGGCUGAGGCGGAGAUCCACGGCGGCGAAGAUCGGUCUUGCGGUGGCGGCGGCGGUGGCUGCGAUGUUUGUUUUGAAGCACACUGUUACGAAUCAUAAUUACUUGUUCAUCGCGAGUGAAACCAUUCACGCGGCUGGUCUUCUCAUCCUCGCUUAUAAACUCACCACUCAUAAAACCUGCUCCGGUCUGUCUUCAAAAAGUCAAGAACUCACGGCUUUAUUCUUAUCGGUACGAUUGAUUUUCGGGUCAAUUAUGGAGGUUGAUGUAUACACAUUUUUGGACUCCAUUAAUUUCAUCACCACGAUUUGGGUCAUCUAUAUGAUCCGCUUCAAGUUGAAAAAUACAUAUAACAAAACCCUUGAUAACUUCCGUUUGUAUUAUGUGGUCGUACCGUCGAUGGCGCUUUCGUUAUUUAUCUUUCCCCAUGUCCACUAUAAUGCCGUGGUUCGUGUGUUGUGGGCAUUUGGCGUGUAUGUUGAAUCGUUUUCAAUGUUGCCUCAGCUUCUAAUGAUGCAAAACGCUAAGAUGAUCGAGCCUUUCACCGCACAUUAUGUGUUUGCUAUGGGGAUUUCCAGAUUCUUAGCUUUUGCUUAUUGGGUCAUUCAGGUUUACGAGACUCGUGGGCGCUAUUUGCUAUUGGUUGGCCACGGUUAUUUUUGGUUUAUGGCUGCUUUCAUCGCUGAAAUGAUUCAAUCGUUUAUCUUAUCUGACUUUUGCUAUUACUAUGCCAAAAGUGUGAUGCAAGGAAAGUUGAGGAUGCCGGUUUAGAGUAUAUUUUUUCUCAAAAAAAAAUUAAUAAACAAUAUGCGUUGUUAUGAAUGUUUCUAUGCAUUUUAAUUUUACCUUUGGAUGGAUAGCUGGUUCUUGUUCAUACCCUCGUGUUAUAUCUCGUUUAAAUUUAAUAAUGUAUUAUUGUAACGAU